CGCCUUUCGCAAUAGUAUUGACUUUUUUGUCUACGAUUUGAUGCAUUCAUUGAAUUCAUGAAUUGGUGUUGAGUUGCGGCACUCAAUUGUAUUAACGAUUAAUCGGUUCAAAACAUCAACACAUUUGUCGUGUCAACUCACCAUUUGAUACAUUGUUUUGAUAUAUAUUGACGUAUUUGUGAGACAAUGGGUGACUCGGAUGAAGACUUUGACCGCUCCUCCAGAGGUCGGGAUAAGUUCAGACGCGAGAGGAGUGACUACAACGACAGGAACUCCGAUAACCGACGCGAUAACUGGUCGGACCGUCGUGAGAGUGGAGGCACCGGCUCUUGGAAUAACCAGAACAGAGACCGCAUUCCUCAGCGUAGAGACAACUAUCGCAAUGACAACUACUCGAUGGGCGGACAGGGAGGCGGCGGUCAGCGCAGGGAUCGGUACAGUCCGGCCGAUAGGAGUGAUAUGAGUCCGCCUAUGAAGCGCAUGAGAGGGGGUCGCGAGUGGGACGAUAGGUCUCCGUAUCCUAACUAUGAGAUGGGAGGCUAUGGUUCCGGUCAUCACAACAACUGGAAUCAAAUGGAUAACAAUGGCCCCAACUCUCAGAACCAGAAUCAGCACAGGGAGGCGGACACCGGUCCCACUCAGCCUCCAAUGAUGACAUUCAAGCAGUUUUUGGGAACACAAGACGACGGGAUUGACGAUCAGAUCGCUGUUAAGAAGUAUAACGACUAUAAGUUGGAGUUUAAGAAAAGACAAAUUCUUGAGUUUUUUAACGCCCAUAAGGACGAGGAAUGUGUUAAUUUUAACACAAAAGUAAUCAAACUAUUCGACUAUAAUUUAAUGCCAUGUGUUGGUUGAGGUUUCGGUCCAAAUACCAUCCCGAAGAGUACGACAAACGUAAGGCCGAACAGACCCAGGCAUUCAAGACACGGCUCCAAAUAUUCCUCGAUUUGUUGGCCAACAGUUUCAUCGAUUCCGUGAGCAUUGAUGUGGAGAAAGCCAAUCAAAUCAUUCGCUUAUUGGACGCCGCGGUCAUCAAACUCGAAGGCGGAACUGAUUUCGAUUUAAAGGCUUUGGACGAGAAUUAUGAAGAGGAGAAAGCAAUAGAACCCGAUUUGUCACUGUUUUCCGUUGAUGUGGAGAAACCGGCAAAACCACAGACGGAUAAGAGUGAGAGGGAAGCCGGCGAAGAGUCUGGCAGUGAAGACCUCAACCAUAAGGACAAUGACAAUGAGAAUGAGAACGUAGAUAACGAACCCAAGGAAACAGAGGGAGAGAAAGAAGUGACCGAAAAGGAUAAUGACAACGAAGUGGAGACCACUGUCAAGACAGAGACGGGAGACUCCAUUGCCAGUCUCGAGGAGGGAGAGGCGUCUAUGGACGCCAACAGUGAGACUAAAGAGAAUGUCGACGAAGACACACAAGAAGAUAGAGUUAAGGUUAAGGUUGAGGAGGAGAAGAGUCAGUCACCCGUGAAAAGCAUCUCUAAGUCGGAUGACUCUGAGAAACCGCGAGCCCUUCACAAGACAUUGUCUAUAUUUAUGCGAAAUCUUGCGCCGACUAUAACUAAACAGGAGAUCGAAGAUUUGUGUCGACGAUAUCCAGGGUUUCUUCGCUUAUGUAUCGCGGAUCCAACCUCUGAGCGAAGGUUCUUCAGGAGAGGAUGGGUUACGUACGACAAGUCAGUUAACAUUCGGGAGAUAUGUUGGUCUUUCAAUAGCGUGAAACUGAGAGACACUGAACUCAACGUAAUAGUGAACCGAGAUUUGAGUCGACGAAUCCGAUCUGUCAAUGGAAUCGCUUCGCAUAAGAAUGUCGUUCGCGCGGACAUAAGACACGCGGCGAAGAUUGUCCUCAAUUUAGAUAAACAGAGGAAACUGUGGGACGAAGAGAAUGGAGAGACUAAAGAAACGGUCGAAACGAAGCCGAUGUUUGGAUUCGCGUCAAAGAAUCCGUUACUUAAGAAUAUUACCGAUUAUCUGAUAGAAGAGGCGUCGGCUGAAGAGGAGGAGCUGUUGGGCACCUCUGAGAUCGGAGAACUCGAUGACGGAGAGGAUGGCGAGAACAACGGGCCGUCACUCGAUAGGGACGAGAGUCUGAUUAAAGUGUUGGAUCGACUGCUCCUUUACUUACGUAUUGUUCAUUCAAUCGAUUAUUACAAUCACUCGGAUUAUCCCAACGAAGACGAGAUGCCCAAUCGGAUCGGUAUAAUGCACGCCAGGGGUAUGGUCUCCACUUCCAGCCGUGUCUCACAACAAGAGAUCAAUGAUUACAUAAAGAAUUUCGAGGCAAAGGUUCAGCCCUUCCUUCAGCCGCCGACUGUCGUGACCGAAGAGGACGCCAACAAACUUGGCCUCAAAGACACGGAAGAAGAGGCGGAGAACUUCAUAAAAGCGAAUACACAGGAGUUGGCGAAAGACAAGUGGUUGUGUCCGCUGUCGGGCAAGAAGUUCAAAGGACCCGAUUUCGUGCGCAAACACAUCCUUAACAAACACGUGGAGCGCAUAGAAGAGGCCAAACAGAACGCCGUUUAUCUCAAUAACUAUAUAUUCGAUCCAAAGAGACCUCAACUCCCGGAACACCCCUCCAAUCGUCCGCAGACUAAUCCUCCCAAUCGCGGCGAUGGCUCUAACGCUGGAGCUUCUGGCGGAAUGGCUCCCGGUUAUGGUGGUAUGCCUCACGCCCCGGGCAUGUAUCCGGGUCCUCCUCCUUAUAUGACCGGUGGUUAUGGACCCAGAGGUCCGAUGAUGGGUGGCUUCGGUGGACCGAUGCCUUAUGGCAGAGGUUACCCUCCAAUGGGAAUGGGACCCAUGCAUGACGGCUAUGGUAGGGGACCAAUGGGUCAUCAGAAGCCUAGAUUCACGCGAAAAGAUACGCGAAAUAUCGUGGCGUAUGAAGACUUAGACGACUUAAACGAAAUGGUUUAGCCGUUUGUCAAUUCUUUGUCUCCCUUUCCACCGCUUUCCGCAUCCAUUGAGAAAUCAUUUUUAGUUGUAUUUUAAAUAAAUUCGCGUUUUCUCGAAAAACACUUAAAAUUGCUUUUAAUUUAACAAAUAGUUUACUUUACAAAUGAACUGAAGUUUGAAUGCAAUGUCUUUAACAGAAAGAGAAUCAAUUAUCGAGAUCUCGACGCACCCAAUGACGAUCAAGACAUCAAUAACUAGAUUACUGUUAGACUUACUCUUCUGUCUCACCCCUCGAUGUCUCAUGACUUGUCUCAGUCUCUCUCUCCCCUCCCAUUCGUCUGACUCUAACGUAAUUUUUCUAAUAUUUAAAUUUAAAACCUUUUAUUUUACAUUUAAGAGCCCAUUGUUUAGGUUUUAUUAUUAUUAAUAUGCUGUCAAUUGUUAUAUCAUUUUUAUACACAUUUCUUCACACUAUUGUGUCAAACAUUUUCAAUUUACCAC